GCUUUCUCUGCAUGCCGGCGGUGCCCGAGGCCUGUGCGGGAGCAGGCAGCACUGGAUACCCACGUGCACUGGAGCCAGGCGGACCUGGGUGGCCUCACUGCAGUAGCUGCAAAGUCCAGGCUCGCUGUGUCACCUCUGGUUUCUGUUGGGUUGGUGUCGGCUCCUCCAGUAGAUCCAGUGUGUCAGGCUUGCUGGCGAACCGGCAUGUGGGAGUGUGGCUGUGGGUCAUCAUGCUGUGCUUCUGCUCCAGCUCUUUCCCUAAGUGCUUACCUGUCACAUCUGUCCAUGUGGGGAGCGUGCACAGCCCUUCUGCGUGCAGGUAUGCUUUCUUCUGUCUCUUAUUUCCAAGGGGAUUUCACAAGCAGCUGGAUUGCUCUGUGUGUUUCUCCUGCCCGUCCCACCUGUGUUCCUGGUGCGGGGAUUCUCACCUACUGUAAAACCGUGCUGCUGGCAGAUGGUGGCUCUGCUCGGGGGAGAGGAGCUGCCAGAGCACUGGGAGCUCACAGCUGUACGUGGCAGUGCAGCCUCCUGCUGUGUGCUGGCGGCGAAGGAAACCAUGCUCAACAGAGGAGGAAACUCAGGGACUUGGUCUGGGGGAUGCUGAGAGCAUGAGAAGCAGUGGUAGUGUCUCAUGCCCAUUUUUAGGAAGUAGUUCAUAAUAUGAGGUGUUCACAAUGUCCUCUUCUCAAGGUUGCACUUGCAUGGGAGGAAUGCUUUUCACCGCUUUCCAGUUGGGGAAAACACAGUAAAGGGCAACUAUGUGGCAUUAUGCGUGUGCAGCUAUGGUCAGAGGUGAGCAGCUGUGUCCUUGGUGUGUGCGGGGCAUGCGUAUGGUGUAUUCAAACCCGGCUGCUGCUGUGGCAGGCAGUGCUGCUGCUGUAGGUGACAGUGCAAAACACACUCCUUUCUUUCCUGGUGUUUAUGAAGCAGAGCUUGUAUCCCGAUCAUCAGCUUCUGUGGUCAUUGAGUAAAUCGGAGCCAGCUUGCAAACUCAGGACCCCUGACCUGCAACCCAAACUGUUGCUGAUGUUUCCUCUGUGUCCUUUUUCCCUGCCAAAGACUUGUCACUUCUUCCUUUCCCUCCUCCCUGCAAACUCAUGUGCCUCUGAAACAGAUCUCUCUGUUAUUGCAGGUCUUCUUGAACUGAAAGGAUGAAAAUUGGCGAUUGGAAAACACCGUCACUGCCCUAAGCUUCGUCCUAACUUCUGGAGUCCCAGUUGAUGUCUUUGGGUGUAUGAGCCUGUGAGAGUGUCCACUGUCCCCUUCCAUGAUUUAGACAGUGGCUUGGAGCAUGCAUCAUUGUAAGGUUUACAUGAUUUCAGUGCUGGCGGUGACACUGUCUCUUUCCCAGUCGGUGUAAAGGGGUUAACUUUGCACAAUGGAGCUGCCCAUCUAAAAUGAUCCUGAAUCCUGGAUCCCCUCCCACCCUGAGGGUCUCUUCCUGCUCCUCUCCUUUGUGCUGGGCAACACGGUCCCUGGGCUGACUCAAGCCAGAUGAGUCCCUGCCCUCCCCACCAUCACCGCUUCCAGUAGCACGGCUGGCCCCGGCUCACCCUGCCUCUGACCUUCUCUCUCCCUUUCUGCAUGCUGGGAUUCCAGAGCGGGAUGGUCGGCCACCGGAGCUACAAUGUCGUCCCUGACGACCUCCAGUGAGGGAGAGAACUCCACUCCCAGGUUUGUUGUCGGUUCCAGGGAUGAUGAGACGGACUUUCUGGGAUCAAACAUGAAGACAGACGAAACAGAUUUCUUUGAAGAUGAUGAAGAGGAGGAGUUGCCACCUGAACGGCAGAUUGUGGUUGGAAUCUGUGCCAUGACCAAAAAGUCCAAGUCAAAGCCCAUGACACAGAUUCUGGAGCGUCUGUGCAAGUUUGAGUAUAUCACAGUGGUGAUUAUGGGGGAAGAUGUUAUCCUGAAUGAACCGGUGGAGAACUGGCCCUCUUGUGACUGCCUCAUAUCCUUCCACUCCAAAGGAUUCCCCCUGGAUAAAGCAGUUGCUUAUGCCAAGCUGUGCAAGCCAUUUUUGAUUAAUGACCUUGAUAUGCAGUAUUAUAUCCAGGACAGGCGUGAAGUAUAUCGGAUCCUUCAAGAAGAGGGAAUAGACUUGCCCCGCUAUGCUGUGCUCAAUCGAGAUCCUGACAGACCAGAAGAGUGCAACUUGGUGGAAGGAGAGGACCACGUGGAGGUAAAUGGAGCUGUUUUCCCAAAGCCAUUUGUAGAGAAGCCAGUCAGUGCUGAAGACCAUAAUGUGUAUAUUUACUACCCGACGUCAGCGGGUGGGGGCAGCCAGCGGCUCUUUCGGAAGAUUGGCAGCCGGAGUAGUGUGUACUCCCCAGAGAGCAGUGUGAGGAAGACAGGUUCAUACAUUUAUGAGGAAUUCAUGCCUACAGAUGGCACUGAUGUAAAGGUGUACACUGUGGGGCCGGACUAUGCCCAUGCCGAGGCUCGCAAAUCUCCUGCUUUGGAUGGAAAGGUUGAACGGGACAGUGAAGGGAAAGAAAUCCGUUACCCGGUCAUGCUGACUGCCAUGGAGAAAUUAGUUGCUCGGAAAGUCUGUGUAGCCUUUAAGCAAACAGUGUGUGGGUUUGACCUCCUGCGGGCAAACGGCCACUCCUUCGUCUGCGACGUGAACGGCUUCAGCUUUGUGAAGAACUCCAUGAAGUAUUACGAUGACUGUGCCAAAAUCCUUGGAAAUAUAAUCAUGCGGGAAUUGGCUCCCCAGUUUCAUAUUCCCUGGUCCAUCCCAACAGAGGCAGAAGACAUUCCCAUUGUCCCGACAACUUCAGGCACCAUGAUGGAGCUUCGUUGUGUUAUCGCAGUCAUCCGGCAUGGAGAUCGCACCCCAAAGCAGAAGAUGAAAAUGGAAGUGAAGCAUCCCCGGUUCUUUGAAUUAUUUGAGAAAUAUGAUGGCUACAAGACAGGGAAGUUGAAGCUGAAGAGACCGGAGCAGCUACAGGAAGUGCUGGACAUUGCACGGCAGCUUGUGGUGGACCUGGGAACCCACAGUGACUGUGAGAUUGAGGAGAGGAAAUCCAAACUGGAACAGCUAAAGAGCGUCUUGGAGAUGUAUGGACAUUUUUCUGGCAUUAACCGUAAGGUUCAGUUGACCUAUCUGCCUCAUGGACAUCCAAAAGCUGCAAGUGAAGAUGAAGAAGCUCGACGAGAGUCUUCCCCAUCUCUUCUCUUGGUGCUCAAGUGGGGUGGGGAGCUGACUCCAGCAGGAAGAGUCCAGGCAGAAGAGCUGGGGCGAGCCUUCCGCUGUAUGUACCCCGGUGGCCAAGGCGACUACGCUGGUUUCCCUGGAUGCGGCUUGCUCAGGCUGCACAGCACCUACCGUCAUGAUCUCAAGAUCUACGCCUCAGAUGAGGGACGAGUUCAGAUGACAGCAGCAGCUUUUGCAAAGGGUCUGCUGGCCCUGGAAGGAGAGCUGACCCCCAUCCUGGUGCAAAUGGUGAAAAGUGCCAACAUGAAUGGUCUCCUGGACAGUGACAGCGAUUCCCUUAGCAGCUGUCAACACAGAGUGAAGGCACGACUGCACGAAAUCAUGCAGAAGGAUGCCGAGUUCUGUGAAGAGGAUUAUGAAAAGCUAGCACCUACAGGCAGUGCUUCUCUGCUCAACUCCAUGAUGUUUAUCCAGAACCCAGUUGAGGUCUGUAACCAGGUGUUCAGCCUGAUUGAGAAUCUCACCUCCCAGAUACGAAAACGUCUGGAAGACCCAAAAUCUGCGGACCUGCAGCUGUACCACAGCGAGACUUUAGAACUGAUGCUGCAGCGCUGGAGCAAGCUGGAGCGAGAUUUCCGCAUGAAGAAUGGGCGCUACGACAUCAGCAAGAUCCCCGAUAUCUAUGACUGCAUCAAGUACGACGUGCAGCACAACUGUGCACUCAAACUGGAAGGCACAGCUGAACUCUUCAAACUCUCCAAAGCACUGGCAGAUGUGAUUAUACCCCAGGAAUAUGGGAUUAAUAAGGAGGAGAAACUGGAGAUUGCUAUUGGCUUUUGUCUUCCUCUCAUUAAAAAGAUCCAGUUGGACCUACAGAGAACCCAUGAAGAUGAGUCUGUCAACAAACUACAUCCCUUGUACUCAAGAGGAGUUCUGUCACCAGGUCGCCAUGUUCGGACACGGCUCUACUUCACCAGUGAGAGCCAUGUGCACUCUCUGCUCAGUAUCUUCCGCUAUGGAGGGCUCCUGGAUGAAAACAAAGACCAGCAGUGGAAGAGAGCCAUGGACUAUUUGAGUGCUAUCUCAGAGCUGAACUACAUGACCCAGAUUGUUAUCAUGCUCUACGAGGACAACAACAAGGACCCAUCUUCAGAAGAGCGUUUCCAUGUGGAGCUGCAUUUCAGCCCUGGCGUGAAAGGCUGUGAGGAAGACAGAAAUGUACCCACGGGAUUUGGCUUUCGCCCUGCCUCUGCGGAGAAUGAGGACAAGAAAGCAGACCAAGGCAGCCUGGAGGAUCUUUCCAAGGAGAAGAGCAUGGAUGAGCCAGACCACGUGCAGCAAAGGUCUCCACAGCUUUCUGAGCCGGUCAGCAUUCAGCGAAGGUCACCGCUGAUCAGGAACCGCAAGACUGGCUCCAUGGAGGUGCUAUCUGAAUCUUCUUCCAAAUCAGGAGGUUAUCGCCUCUUCAGCAGUUACUCGAGACAGUCUUCUGAGAUGAAGCAAAGUGGCUUAGGGUCACAAUGCACCGGCCUGUUUAGCACCACUGUGCUGGGAGGCUCCUCCAGUGCCCCCAACCUCCAGGACUACGCUCGCAGCCAUGGCAAAAAGUUUGCCAGCAGCCUGACAUACAAAGACGAGCUCUUGUCUAUGCCAGCCGUAAAACGAUUUUCUGUGUCGUUUGCAAAGCAUCCGACUAAUGAUGCAUUUGAGCACCUCCACGUUGCCCAGUUGCUGCGCCGUUUUUCCUCUGACUGUGCCACGAGCCGGAACAUCUCCCUGGAUGCCACUCUAGCCCAUCACCUCCAGCACUGCUCCUACCACCUGCGCCUCUUCAGGAGCUGGCUGAUCUCAGGGCAGGAGGACUUGGAGUGUCUUUACGGUUUUGAAGGCUGUUCCAUGGUUCCCACCAUUUAUCCCCUGGAGACCCUGCACAACUCCCUCUCUUUGCGACAGGUCAACGAGUUCCUGACAGCUGUGUGCAGGAGCUGCAGCGAGUCACAUGUCCAGUCUACUGCAGCUUUGUUUGAUUCAAUGAUUGGCAGCCAGAUACCAGGAGACCCCUUUAUGUCCCAGCGAAUCCUGUCAUCAUCCUCUUUGCCGUUGCGCCAGCGUUCGGAUAAGCCCCCUUGGUACAGCAGUGGCCCCUCCAGUACAGUCUCCAGCGCAGGCCCAUCCUCCCCAACCUCUGUGGACAACUGCGCUCGCUUCAGCUUCACUGAGAAACUUUCCAUCAGCCCCCCAAAAAGUGAGGAGCAACUGAAUAGCCAGUCCCCUGAGCAAGAAGAGGGACAGCCACCAGGCAGAGGGCUUGACGUGGAGGUGGAGGUGUCUGGGUUGUCGGAGCCAAGUGCCCCAGAAACCCUGACCUGGAAUAAGGGCCCAGAGCCAGGCAAGGUCCUGGAGCUGAGUGAGAAGGAGCUGGCGGAGGAGGACUCUAACUCAGAGGAGAAGAGCAUGGUGGAGCUGGAUGAAGAAGAAUCAGCUGGGGAAAUGUUAGAGCCAAGUAACACAGGGAACCCAGAGUGUGGUGCAGGGUCUAAUGUAAGGUUGGCUGGGGACGGAGUGACGCCAGGUGAAGGAUGUAUAGGGGGAAUGGCUGGCCUGGAUCAGUCAUGGCUGUCUAAGGAGAGCUUGGCGCCCUGUGAAGAGGUGCUGCUGGGAGACAUUCUGGAUCCAGAGCAUGUGCACAAGGAGCUGCUGGGGGACAGUGCUGUGCCAGGCCAGGGGCAGCCACUGCCUCCUGAGAGAAGCGUGGAGGAGCUGCAGCUGCAGUGUCAGGGGGAUCAGCAGAAUUAGUGGCUCACUGGAUAGCAAACUGCAAGCGCUUCUAGCCUGGAGGCAGCCCAGUUUCCUGCAUAGCACCUCAUGCAGCUGGCUGUCCACAGCACAGAACAAGCCAUGUCCCAAGGCCACAGGACUCCAGGGUGUGGAAGAGUCUGCUCUGCUCCUCCACAACCCAGCUCUUUGCCAUUUGGCAAGAGACAAUGCGCCUCUGCCUUGUUAAAUGAACAACAAAUGCAUGGCACCUCCAUGGAGCAGGGACAUGGGGCUGCACUGGUGUCCCAAGGGCUGUAUGCUUGCUGGGACAGCAAAGUUAGAGGAUGGGUACAGCCAAGGCUUUUGGGGUGGUAAGUCCAAAGGGGACAGAUGCUCCCUUGAGAUUUUUUGGCCCAUAGCCUACAGAGAAAGGCAGUCUGGGCCCAGAUCAAUCAGAUCCAUCACAACCACCAACCUCUUCUCUGUUCCUUCCUUCUUCCUCUCUCAGUUCCCAUCACUGGCCACUAAAAUAGGUCCAGAGAGUCCAUACCAGGAAGACUAGGAGAAGCAGAAAGCAUUCUGAAUGAGUGUGGAAAGGAGAGUAUUGAGGGGAUGAGGUGCAAGACUGCCACUUGCAAGAAAACAUCUCUUUGGCGUGGACUUUGAUGUUUUCCUGCUGGGCUGGGGCAGGCAGGCGGGAGCCUGGGGAUCCAGCCUGAGAGAGGUGGGCAGGGAGGACACACACGGGUUUUUUUCUAGUCCCCAAGGGUCAGGCAGGGCACAGCUCUGAAGUCUUGGUGACAGAAAUUAAAAGAAACUGCUAUUUGAACAAAUCAGGAUUAUUAGAAACCAAUAAGGAGAUAUCUUUAGUAUAUAUAAAAUGAAAAGUAUUUAAUACAUAUUUAUGUAAAUGACUUGUGAGCACAAGCCUGAGGGCAAGGUUGAUACGGGUGUCCCGGCCGCAUCCUGAGUGCGGGCCAGGGCUGUGCCUCCUGCGCCUCCUGUAUUUGUGGACAAGUCUGUGUGUUUGUCUGUAGCUAGGACCUGUGUUUCUGUGAAGCUGUGCCCAAAGAUAUCCACGCUGUAUUGUGAUGAUGAUGUGUGUUCACAGUAAAUUGAUGCUGUGGGUC